GUGGGAGGUGGAGGCAGGGGCGGCGGCGGCGGCAGCGGCGGCAGCGGCGGCAGCGGCGGCUCGCUUCACGUGGGAGCAGGAGACUCGGCGGCGGCAGGCGGCCCGUGGCGUUCUUCGGUGAUCACGAUGAGUUUACCCCUGAACCCCAAACCGUUCCUGAACGGACUGACAGGGAAACCAGUGAUGGUGAAGCUUAAGUGGGGAAUGGAGUACAAAGGUUACCUGGUGUCUGUGGAUGGCUACAUGAACAUGCAACUUGCAAAUACAGAAGAAUACAUAGAUGGGGCAUUGUCUGGACACCUUGGUGAAGUUUUAAUAAGGUGCAAUAAUGUCCUUUAUAUCAGAGGUGUUGAAGAAGAAGAAGAAGAUGGUGAAAUGAGAGAAUAGCAUCUUUUCUGGGGUGGGGGUUGGGUGGGGAUUUCUUUUGUAU